CGAGUUGAGAGAAAGAAGCAGUCAGUGCACUUAAAUAUUUCCUGUGGGGAACAUACGUUGUGCUACAUAGCAACCAUAACCCUGGAUAACUAUACACGUUCAUACAUAGACUAGUGCCUUCUCGUCAGUGUCCUUGGGCAUGCAGUAGAGUCAGAAAUAUACCAGCUGUAAUAAUGAGACACGAGUAGAUGGGAGAUUUUUCUCCACAGUCUUCGUUACCUCUGAAGAAGUUAUUCAACGCCGAAAUAGAGAUCGUCACUGUCAAUCCAGAUGGUCUAAGGAGGAAAUAUUUGUACUAAGGAUGAUGGCGGCGGUGUUGGUGGUGGUGGUGUUGGUGAUGGUGGGGAUGGUGGAGGCUGAAGUGCCGUGUGUGGAGGUGAGUGACAGACUUACUCUGCCUUGCCUCUGCAACACACAAGAUCACAACAUCUCCAUCAACUGCGACAAUGUGGCCUUUCCAGGAGACUUUCCUCUGCUGCCCUUCAAGAUGAACAUCGUGGAGUUCACUCAGAGAAACGCAGGGAUCCAGGCACUGCGAGGCCAACUCUUCACCGCCUCUGACCUCCCCCUCAGGAAGGUGGACUUCUCAAGGAACGCCAUCCGUCGAUUGAACAAGGACGUACUGGAAGGACUCGAAGACCACCUGCUCGAGUUGAACCUCGACCACAACCUUCUGGGCAAUAAUUAUAAUCCUAUCUUCUCCUCCUCCGAAAUCGCCAAACUUACGUCCCUUCAGACGCUGAACCUCGCCUACAACCACAUCCGGGAGGUGGACACGGGACUCCUUACCUCACUGAAGGAUCUGGAGGUCCUACACCUGGAGGGCAACAGCCUCCUAGCGAUGCCCUCUGCCACCCUUCGUGGCCUCGACAACCUCAAGGUCCUCACCCUCCAGGAGAAUGACAUAGAUGUCAUGAAGAAGUCUUGCCUGGCCGAGGUUCCAGACUUGUUAUUCCUCAAUGUUUCUCACAACCGGAUCAUCAACAUUGACGAAGAUGCCUUCAAGGAGCUCUCCCAGCUCGUCACCCUUGACCUCUCACACAACAGGCUGUCUGCGGUGCGAGGAGGAGCACUCCAAGGUCUUCAGAAUUUAGAAGAGCUGGACUUGUCUUCUAAUUUCCUGCCGGAGAUACCAGCCAGCGCCUUGAAGGACCUGACUAAGCUGAAGACGCUGGUCAUGCAUGAUAACCUCAUCCAGACUCUGGGAGGUGUGGUGGCCCUGGGACCCCUGGUGAGCCUGCAGCAGCUGGACCUGACCAGGAACAAUAUCGGGGAGCUUCCUACAGGCACCUUCAGGCAGCUCUCCGGCCUCAGGUCGCUCAAGCUAGGUGUCAACUCCAUCAGGAAGGUUGAGAAGGAUGCUUUCGAAGGCCUGACUUCUCUGGAGAUCUUGCAGCUGGACGAUGACAACAUCCUGGCUAUACCAUGGGCAGCCCUAGCUAAGGUCCGGACGCUGACGACACUCAGUCUGGAUUACAACCGUGUCGGGGUCAUCUCUGCUACCAGCCUCCAGACGGUGAUUGGUCUCUUCCACCUCUCCAUUGCCCACAACAUCAUCAGGGAGCUUCCUCAGGGUACCUUCUCUAACUUCACAGACCUGGAAAGCUUGAACCUUUACGGGAACCAGCUGCAGAACCUCGUUCCAGAGAGCUUGCUGGGCCUGAGAGAGAGCUUGAAGGAGCUCAACCUGGGUCUGAAUCUCUUGAGCGAGCUGCCGCAGUUCGACUUCCCGCUGCUGAAUACGCUUAUCUUGUCGAAAAACAACAUCACCAGUCUGCCGUCUGAUGCGUUCGUACUCCUCCCGGAGUUAAAGAUGCUGGACCUGAGUGAGAAUCAUUUAUCCUCACUUCCUGUAACUCUCCUCCACCCGGUGAAGAAACUCUCAACACUUGACCUUAGCAUGAACCAGAUUGCUGAGAUACGACCCGGCCAGUUUAACGAGUCGUUCAUUAACGUCAUUAAUCUGCAGCACAAUGAGAUUAAGGAGAUUCCAAGCGAAGCCUUCAAAGACCUGCUCUUCUUGCAUACUCUGGAUCUUAGCUACAACGCAAUCAGAAGCAUUAGCGAUGCAGCCUUCCUCAACAUCGCUCUUUUGCACAUCCUUCGUCUCAACAACAACAUGUUGCCAUCCUUCAAAAAGGAAUACUUCACUACUAUUCCAGCAGAGGUGACGGAGUUAAGGAUCCUGGACUUGAGCCACAAUGAUAUCACUUUCCUCCAGCCACUGGCCUUCCAGCUGCACUCUAAGCUAAAUUGGUUGAGUUUAUCACACAACCGCCUCUCUUUUUUCCUCCCGGAGAUUAUUCGUGACCUCAGAGAUCUGGAGCACCUUGACGUUGAGAGUAACCAGAUCAAAACAUUGGAGGCUAAUGACUUCGCCAAUGCUCCACACUUACGCGAAUUAAACUUAAGAAACAACUUGAUAGAUUCUGUGGUGGAGACUGCCAUGCAGAACUCAACCCAGCUCCAAACACUUGAUUUAAGUCACAACAAAAUUGAUGUACUGCCUGAAAACGUGUUUCUAGGAAUUUCUCGGCUUCACCUAGAUUUGAGCCACAAUAAACUGUAUACCCUUCCAGAAAUGAUAUUCCAGAGAACUAAGAUUCAAAAGCUUCAGUCGGUGAAUCUAGCUCACAACGAUUUUGAGCAAGUGCCCGUGGACACCCUCCGUCAGCAGUACUUCUUCCUCAGUGACCUCAACAUGGCUCACAAUAAGAUAAAAAACGUGCCAAGUAACGCCGAUAUUCUGGUUAACAUCAAGACGCUGGACUUAUCCUAUAACCCACUGACUCCAGAAGCUGUAUAUAUCUUAUUGAAUGAACCCAAGACAGUACGGCACCUGAACCUUGCAGGCACUAAUGUCACGGAAGUUCCUGUUAUUGAAGCACGCUUUCUUCUCUCUCUCAAUCUUUCUGACAACAACAUUGUUGAAGUUAAAGAAUCGUCCUUUGAACUCACUCAGAGUUUGCAAGACUUAGACAUGUCCAAAAAUCUGAUACCCAACCUGAGUUACGGUCUUGCCAUGGCCUGGCCCAAAAUACCAGACCUCCGUAGGUUGGACGUUUCUCACAACCCUCUCGCCUAUAUUGUCCGCGGCGACUUCAACUACUUAAGUAAUCUCGAAGUUUUACGAGCUGCUUAUCUUCCACGAGCCAACAGAGUUGAACGCCUUGCUCUCACUCCUCUUCGUUCCCUGAGAGAACUCUACCUGCACACGCUACCUUUGCUUGCUGUGCUGGACGUACGCGGCAUCCUGGAAGGCCAUCCAGGCCUGGAGGUAGUAGACAUUGAGCUAACUGAUAGAGAGGUACAUGACCAACUUCAUCCUGCCUUCUAUCCUCGCCUGCGCAGUCUCACUGUUCGAGGACGUUCAGUAGAAGCCUUAUCAGGAGGUGCUUUUGCUGGCAUUAACAGUCCUGAUCUGACAAUCGGUCUUGUAAACACUAGCGUAAGCAAUCUUCGUUCUAACGUAUUUUUCCCAGUGCCAAUGUCUUCCAGGAUUCGGUUGGAUAUAUCAGAAUCAAAAAUUACAUCGCUCAGUCCACAGUUCUUAAGCACUCUUGAUUCACGCCAGCGGCACCUUCGUCUCUCUGGCCUGGGGUCAAACCCUCUCUUCUGCGACUGCAACAUAAGAACUCUACGGCGGUGGUUGGUGGGCCAUGCCCGAGACAGCCUCUAUAACGUGACCUGUAGUGCACCAAUAAGUCUGAAGGGUGUCGCCCUGACCACUCUCAAUGAGGCUGACCUGAGCUGCGAGGGACAACCCACGACAACUACCACUGACCCGCCUCUCUUCACCACAACGCGGCGCAGACCUGCAACAACUGACAACAUUAUCACCUUUGAAGACAUGACUGGCCGUCCAAGUGAUGAAAUAAACGAGAUCGAGGGUGCAAAUUCUCCCUCACACUCCAGCAGCGGCCUCACUAACAUGGACAACAUAAUUAUCGGCAUAGUAGGUGGUGUCGUGGCCUUUGUAGCGUUACUUAUCAUUAUUAUCUGUCUAAUUCGUCUCCGCUCCGACUCUCAGUAUCGUGGAGGCCCUCUAGCGGGACCCCUGGCCAUGAGAAACCACAACAACUGCACCUGUCUUAAACCUCCUCCACCCCCUGGAAGCUGGGGGAAUUACCCAGGACAGUACCCAACUCUGCCCCCUCCAGCAUCCUCCCGUGCUGGCACCCUUAAGAUGCUGCCUCCACCUACCACGCCCAUUCCUCCACCAUACGGCACGUUGGGAGCCAACAGCGGGCGAAACUACUACCCAAACCACGCAUACUACAUGGGUUAUCCCCCGGAGAGUGAACAUGGAGAGCAUCGGUAGCCACAAAGCAUUUCAUCUAAUUGCUGAGUCCUUAGUUCCGUUAUCUCUCAACCAGUGCUGGUUGAGACGUGCCAUUCUCUAGGGCCUUUCUGGUGUGUUUUAUCCGUGCCCUUGACAGGCCAGCUCACCCUACACACCAGUCAGUACCCUGUGUUAGAUGAGGCCAUCUCAACUUAUUAUAAUUCUCUCAGUUUCCCUUAGCUCAAUACUGUUUUCUUUCUCCUCCACUCGCAAUCAAAGAAAACUCAUGUAAAUAGACGCAUACUAGUUCUAAUUCUAAUAAUAUCUAUUACAUAUAUUUAUGUAUAUCAGAUUGUAUUACAUGUGCCUAGAAUCCUGUAGAUUCUAAUGAAAUGUUUAUGUUAUAUAAAUGCAUUGUGAACAAAAUUAUGCAUAUAUGUACAUGCUCGGAUUUCAGCUUGUGUUUGUGCUAAUAUUAGCAAGCAUUUGUUUGUCCUUGAUUGUAUGUGUGUUUGCCCUAGCCAUAUGUAGACAGCACAUAUGUAGUGAAACAUGUGAACAUGGUUUCUCUCAGAGAAGUGCAGCCAGGCACCUGGGGAAACUGGAAAUGUAGUAUCUUAUGUCUGUUACCUUGGGUAAUAUAUAUCGAACCUGUAAUGCUUCGGGCAUCACAGGCUCCAUAACGAGGUGCAUACAAGAGUACUGGCUGAGUGCCAUCGCCAGACGCGCCGAGUGUCGAAGUUGAUUAAAUAAUUGGGAUUAAGGUACGAUGGACCAAGAGUGUCCCAGACUUUACUGAGAAGCAAUGUGUGAGAGUGGCUAUAUAUCUGCGACAUGGUGGACGCUGGUAUUCUCCAGUACUGUGGAAUGGUGCUGGUAUUCUCCAGUACUGUGGAAUGGUGGACGCUGGUAUUCUCCAGUACUGUGGAAUGGUGGACGCUGGUAUUCUCCAGUGCUGUGGAAUGGUGGACGCUGGUAUUCUUCAGUACUGUGGAAUUGUGGACGCUGGUAUUCUCCAGUACUGUGAGAUGGUCAUUGCUUCACAUAAGUACAAUAAUCUAAUAAUGGAAGUGUUAAAUUAUAUUGUUAUGUGAAGGAGAAGCUACAAGAGAAGUCACUCUAGAGGACCAGGGGAGAGUACACACAAGCUGUGUUAUUGUCUUGUGAAGGAUUGACUACUCUAGAGGACCAGGGAAGAGUACACACAAGCUGUGUUAUUGUCUUGUGAAGGAGUCACUACUCUAGAGGACCAGGGAAGAGUACACACAAGCUGUGUUAUUGUCUUGUGAAGGAUUGACUACUCUAGAGGACCAGGGAGAGAGUACACACAAGACACGUAUACAAUGAGAAACUUGUCACUAAAGACGUCAAAUAAGUGAAUAUAGAAUAGCCAACAAGUAGCAAAAACCAAACAAACACAAUAAAAACAAACGCAAUAAAAACAUUAUCUUUAUUACCACGACAUUUCACCCAGUUAAUAAAGCUUUAUGGAGGUGAAACGGUGGCCUGGUGGCUAAAGCUCCCGCUUCACACACGGAGGGCCCGGGUUCGAUUCCCGGCGGGUGGAAAUUCCGACACGUUUCCUUACACCUAUUGUCCUGUUCACCUAGCAGCAAAUAGGUACCCGGGUGUUAGUCGACUGGUGUGGGUCGCAUCCUGGGGGACAAGAUUAAGGACCACAAUGGAAAUAAGUUAGACAGUCUCGAUGACGCACUGACUUUCUUGGGUUAUCCUGGGUGGCUAACCCUCCGGGGUUAAAAAUCCGAACGAAAUCUUAUCUUAUCUUAAAAGCUCUUCUCCUCUACGUGCCCUUUCUUAAUAAAGUUAUUAAUUUUAAAGCUAACUUUAUUGAGUAAUAAAGUCAGUAUCAGAGACACUCAAAAUAAAAUUUAUCAUCAUUAUUUUUAUGGAAAGCGUUAAACCUGUAAGGGAGGGGGGAAAUGGGCAAUGAGAUUUAACCCGAAGGACACAACGGCGGGUCCAGUUCCUCGAAUCAAGAGCUUAUUGCCAGCAUGUAAGCAUCGCAGUGCCAAUGAAAUAAUAUCACAAAAAGACGAGAUAUGCUUUAAAAAUACCGUCUUGAUCAUCACAGUUCCUUUGUUAUGGAUUUGUAAGUGGGGGAAGGCUCUUGAUCCAAGGAAUUGGAUCACUGCUAAUUGCCUUCCCCUUCCCCCCAGGCGCUGUAUGAUCCCGUGGCUCAGUAAUGGGGUUUCAAGCUUGUCGACUGGACGAGGAGUCAUUAAGGCUGCAUGUCACCUGUUCAUCACCAGUCAAGACCUUAAGACCGAAAAUAGGGGUUAAACUAUCAGAGUAUACACUGACAGCCAUACACAGCCCAGUGUAUAUACACUGACAGCCAUACACAGCCCAGUGUAUAUACACUGACAGCCAUACACAACCCAGUGUAUAUACACUGACAGCCAUACACAGCCCAGUGUAUAUACACUGACAGCCAUACACAGCCCAGUGUUAUAUACACUGACAGCCAUACACAACCCAGUGUAUAUACACUGACAGCCAUACACAGCCCAGUGUAUAUACACUGACAGCCAUACACAGCCCAGUGUAUAUACACUGACAGCCAUACACAGCCCAGUGUAUAUACACUGACAGACAUACACAGCCCAGUGUAUAUACACUGACAGACAUACACAGUCCAGUGUAUAUACACUGACAGUCAUACACAGCCCAGUGUAUAUACACUGACAGACAUACACAGUCCAGUGUAUAUACACCUCAAGGUUUAUGUCUUAUAAAUUAU